CCGCGGGCGAGUGUGGACGCGUAUCGACGGCCCUCUCAGUGGGUACCCGUGAGGGGCAGUGAGCGCCCCGCCUCGCUUCAUCUCCUUGCCCUGGGAUGUGGCUGCCCCCUCACGGCGACAGUCACACCUCCUCCCUACGACGCUCUCCUGUCUCAGAAACAUAGUGAAAGACAGAAUGAACGAGGAACUCUCAGAAACGAUUAUUAAAAGUGAAGGGUGAUUACUAGGAAGAACGUGACAGAUAUACACAAGUUUCCCCUUCACGUGGAAAACAGUGUGAAUAUACCAUAGGUCUAUAUAAUAUAUUUCCCGUGAGAAAUAUACCAGCUGGGAGAUAUAUAUACGUGAGAAGGAAAGAGAAUUUACACGUUGCUAGAAAUGUAUAAAUGACUGAAUACCUGAUACUAUAAACGUUUGAACUUGAUGGUGAUGUGAAAAAAAAAACAAUUGAAAACUAUAGACGAAUAAAUUUCAUCUCAUAAAUAUUAAUUAAAAACUUUGACCCAAUAUUUUAAAAAGUCGUCAAAAUUACUGAACAUUUAAUCAUAAAAACUGUGUAUAUAUUUGGAUGUGUUUCAAUUUUAUGUGAACUAAAAGACAUAAUUUCGUCCUUUUUCCUAAACCUGGAACAGUGAAAAUUCGGUCAGACAAACACCGUAUUAGACCGACGCAGCUGAUCCGUAUUACACCAACCCAGUGACUAGGUUUUUGUGGGGUGGGAAAAAGAAACUGAAAAUCAUUCUCUGACAACACAAUCAAGAUUAGGCCUACCCUAGUGAGGCCUAUCUCCUUGACGAUCUUCGUAUUGUGGAUUAAAGACUUCAUACACAAGACACGACUUGUGAGGAGUGUUGGAACCAGGGGAGGCGUCCAUGGAGGCUACGUAGCGUCUACAGGACGCCCACAUAACGCACAUAUGGCGUCCAGUCGCCGUCCAGCUGGACCUCUCCUUCGCCUUCUGCUUCUAUCGUCCUGGGAAUAAAAUAUGUGCCACAAACAUGGGCUGGGGACGACACACCUCGGCUCCUGCGGGCGUAUUGCGUCUGCUGCACUUUUCCCCAUGCCUGCGCCCGCACGAGACGUCUCUCAGAGGAUUCGAUGUUUCACAACAGGUCUCUGGCUUGUGAGACAGGACUCAGAGACCUGUGAAAAUACUACUAACGACAAGACAGUCAGUCCGGGCUCCGACACUGUCAUGUUUUUAAGGAGUCGGGACCUGUACUGCACCCUGAGAGUCCGUCGGGUGUCACCGGGAAUUUUGGUCCCGGUGAACCACAGACCAGCCUCAGAAACUCAGAGAAUCGAGGAAAAAGCACAGCAGACAGCGGAAGAAAAGCUGGCGUCGAGGUUCAGCGCGCGUCCACCAUGGCGGCACCGUCGCCUUGCUUCCUUGCCCUCCCUGACGCUCUUCAUCAUCUUGAUGGCUGCCAUCCUGCGCCCAGUCUUGGCCUGCCCUGCUGCCUGCACCUGCACUACACCCUCCACCCUCUCCAGAAUAAGCGGGCAGGUCGGCAGGGAAGGUCGGAAGGCGCGAGCCGGGGUGAGGAUGGCGUGUGUUGGCGCAGGACUGUCUAUGGUGCCGCGCCUAGAGCAACUCGACGGCCUUGACCCUGCCACCGUCACCAGCCUUGACCUGAGCAAUAACAACCUUACAAGUCUCCCUGACCUGAUCUUCAGCGACUUCCCGGGUCUCCAGUACCUGAAGCUCUCAGGCAACCGCAUCAGCAGUGUGUCGCCAAAGGCCUUCCAUCGUUUGCCUCUUCAAAACUUAUACCUGGACAACAACCAUCUGUCUGGUCUCCUGACGGGGUCGUUGCCGACAAGAAUGUUGGAGCUCUCUCUGGAGGAUAACUUCUUCAGUAGUGUCCCACCCUCCGUCACCCCCCUCACCAACCUCCAGUUCCUGAACCUGGCACGGAACAAGAUCUCUGGGCUGCGCGUGGGUGAGCUCCAGGGUCUACGCAGUCUCACCUCUUUGUCGCUUCAUCAGAACAAGAUCACGACAAUAGAAGAAGCAGCUCUGGAGUCUCUCCCUCAGCUCCAAGUCUUAGACUUGACUGAGAAUCACUUGGUGGAGGUGCCGGCAGCCAUCCUCCGUUGUUCUCAACUGACUCGCCUGUUACUAGGCAACAACCAGGUGACGUAUCUAGGUGAGGGAGUGUUUACAGGUCUGGCCAAGCUGGAGCAGGUGGUGAUCCAGGGGAACCCACUCCUCACCGUGCACCAAGACGCCUUCACUCACCUGCCCUCCCUCACCAAGCUGAUCCUGAAGGAGACGCGAGAGUUGACGGACUUCCCUUCCCUCAACGGCACUUACAACCUGGAGAUGCUGAGGAUAGACAGGGCGGCCCUUACCUCCGUCCCUGACCACCUGUGCUCCUUCACCCCCAAGCUCAGGAGUCUGAACCUCCAUCUAAACUCCAUCAGUGACAUCCCAGUGUUGGAAGGCUGCCACCACCUCAAGCUCCUUGACCUGAGCGACAACGCCCUCAGUAGCCUGGGUCACGGCAGGCUGACAGGGGCUCCCCACCUUCAGGAUCUGCUCCUGCAACACAACAGGAUCACACACGUCCCCGCUGACGCCUUCUUCGGCCUCCCCCACCUCCAAGUCCUGGCGCUUCAACAGAACCAGAUCUCUCAGAUAGAGGAGGACGCCUUCCUGCCGCUGAUCAGCUUGGAGGACAUUAACCUGGGCGACAACGUGUUCCCGAAGCUGCCGCAGAGAGGGCUGGAACACGUCCUGUCCAUCAAGGUGCAUAACAACCCUUACCUGCGAGAAUUCCCAGGGCCCGAGAGUUUCCCGAAGGUGCACACCCUCACCCUCUCCUACGCCUACCACUGCUGCCCCUUCCUCAGCCUGGAGGUGGACACGGCGGAGGAUCAGGAGGUGUACAGGAUACAGGAGGACGUGCUGUUCAAUGUGUCGGACUUCCAAGACAUUCACCCCGGCCUCUGGAACAUCUCUCGCCCUUGGCCCCAUGAUGAAGACUUGGAUAAGUUUGAAUCGGUGUGGGCUAACUUGGCAGAUGCCUUCUCCCUAGCCGGCACCACAACCACCACCACUACUACUGACCUCCCGUCGACCUCCACUAACAUCGCCUCUACCACGGCCGGGUCUUCGUCAUCACCAUCACCACCUUCGUCUUCGUCAUCACCACCACCACCACCACGUCAACACCAUCUGGCUCUUCCCGUCACGCCAUCCAUUCGAAUCCGGCCUCAGUGCAUCCCUUUGCCAGGACCGUUCAUGCCGUGUCGUGACCUGUUCGACUGGUGGACACUGCGGUGCGGGGUGUGGAUUGUGUUCCUGCUGGCGCUAAUGGGGAACGGUGUGGUGGUGGUGGUGCUGGUGGCCGCUUACGCCAAGAUGGACGUACCUCGCUUCCUCGUCACAAACCUCGCCCUCGCUGACUUCUUCAUGGGCGUGUACCUCGGGUUCUUGGCCGUGGCAGACGCCUCAACGCUUGGGGAGUUCCGUAUGUAUGCCAUCCCGUGGCAGAUGUCCCCGGCGUGCCAAGUGGCCGGCUUUCUGGGAGUGUUGAGCUCAGAGCUCUCUGUGUACACGCUGGCUGUCAUCACACUGGAGAGGAAUUACGCCAUCACACACGCUAUGCACCUGCAGAAGCGAUUAUCCCUCCGGCAGGCUGCUUACAUCAUGGCCGUGGGCUGGGUCUUUGCAAUCACCAUGGCGGUUCUGCCACUCGCUGGGGUCUCUGACUAUCGCAAGUUUGCUGUCUGUCUGCCCUUCGAGACUGACGGCGCUGGUCUGGGUUACGUUGUGUUCCUGAUGUUCAUCAAUGGCGUGGCCUUCCUCAUUCUAAUGGGGUGCUACUUCAAGAUCUACUGUGCCAUCCGCGGCUCACAGGCAUGGAAUAGCAAUGACUCGCGCAUUGCCAAACGCAUGGCACUCCUUGUCUUCACAGACUUCAUCUGUUGGGCGCCCAUUGCUUUCUUUUCCCUAACUGCUGCCUUUGACAUUCAUCUUAUCUCCCUUGAGGAAGCGAAAGUGUUUACUGUGUUCGUAUUACCUCUCAACUCCUGCUGCAAUCCUUUCCUCUACGCUCUCUUGACUAAGCAGUUCAAGAAAGAUUGUGUCAUGUUGUGUAAGACCAUUGAAGAGUCGCGCGUGACAAGAGGCAUCGGCCGCUGUCGCCACUCGUCCAACUUCAGCAACCGUCAGACGCCCGCCAACACAAACAGUGCAGUUGAUCACACCUCGCAGGGAGACAAACAGUCGUGCAGCUGCAAAGGUAAACAAGAAAAGAAUAAACGUCCUCGAUGGACUUUCAUCUCACUAAAAUACCUCUUAUGCACUAAGGGGGCGGAGGAAAUCACCUCAUCCAGCGACACCAGUUACCAGACGGACCCCGCCCAGCACCGAGGGCCCCGACACACUUCUCUCUCCAGCGACACGUACAGCGGCUCUUGGUCAGACACUUGGCGCCGAGGCCGCGGCUCCACCACACUGAGGAUGAUGGACCGUCGUCGCCACAAUUCUUGGGCAGCAUCCAACAAGCCCUCGCAGGAGAGUAGUUUGUCGUCGUCUCGGCCAGACUCCUCGGCCACCUCAGCAUCGACAGCCACCUGGCGCAUCUCUCGCUCAUCUGUGUCGUCGGAUACGUCUAACAGCAGCGGUAGGGUGAAGACCAGUGAGCCCGGUGGUCCAUCUAGGUUAGGAUCAUUGCGGAGAGGCGAUGGACGCGGGUUUGGACCAACACGUCAACUCAGCCAGAGUCAAUUCGUGAAAGAGACGCCAUGUACUCGGCCGCCGCCUGUCCGCCCCAAGCCUCGCCUACAGCGUCAGGGGGCCGUCGAGAGAGAGGCAUACACACCAGGUAAGGAAAACAGUGGCCUGGAGAGCCCUCCCUGCCCUCUGCACCUGCGGCCAGAUCACCUGUCUUGUGUGUAUGAACAGAGCCAUGAAGAUGACAACAUGGCGGCUGGAACCAGUCCUGGUGCUGGCCUGCCAACACAACCAACACUUCUCCUCAGUCCGUGUAGUCUCGACACUCCCAUGGAUGACGACGUCUUCACUGACCCUCCCGACGAGGAAAUUCAAGUUCCAGUUGGGUCUUCUCCCUCCCACAGGCAGGAGAUUACUCUUGUGAUGCCUACUGAAGAGGCCAAUGAACCGGCAGCCACUGAGAACACAGCACUCAUGGCAGAAGGCGACACUGACGCUGAAAAGGAAACUUCGAAGGAACCUCAGUCGAACAAAGUGUUGGAGACGCACUUCCCACUGGAAGCCACUUUACCGGAGGUGCGGCCAUUGAUCUAACGUUAUCCACGCUAGACCUUCCCUCCUCUUGGCUCUACUGAGACUACUAGAUCUAAGGUUCUGGCUGCCUGGAACAUCCCCCCUCCUCCCUACAGUAACUUGGCUGUCUGGAACACACCAUUUCCAGCAGUAAACUUCCAUCCCUGACACCAUGACCUCCUAGACCUGCCCUCCUAUUCCUUCCGAAAUCUGCAACGCUUCCAGGCCCAACAGAGGAUCUGGCUUUCCCAAGCCUUGAUGCAUCUUGAGUAGCAUCUCCAGGGACGAGACUACAGCUGCAUGGAAUGAACUGCCUCUGUAGCACCUCCAGGUCUGAGGACUUAGACUCCUGGCGAGCCUCUACUCUCAGCUCCAGAGGUCAAAGCCUCACACCAACCAGUAGCGUCAUCUCGAGCAAGUACAGCAUUGCCGUCACCCAAGCCAAAGAACUGUAGUGUAAGUCGUGUAUUCAGUAGAUGUUUGUAUACUCUGUGUCUUUAACAUUUUAUGAUUAUUUAAUGAGCUUUUAAAAAAGAGAGCUAAUAAAUUAUUUACAUUUA